AUGUCCGCAGAGCAGUAUUCGCAGAUCUCUCCCGGUGACCGUGCGAUCCUCGGGAGCUUGUUCGCCAGCGGCACAGUGAGGCGGCUUGGAGAUACGUUGGACGCCAACGCUGCCCAGCAGCAGGGGAGCGCGACCGCGCAGUCGGGCGAGGCGGGCAACGGCCGGGUUGGUCUGGCUGAGCUCGAUGUUAACCGUUCCAGAGAUGAGCACGGAUCUGAUAACUGGCGUGUCCUGCGCCUGCAGGGAGUCUAUGGGCUGGGAGUUGCAGAAGACAACACCACCGCUGCACAACAGAUAGUGGUGUUCCCUGCGGAACCGGAGGCGGCUGGCGAACGCUACGAUGGCAUAAUACGCGAUUUGGAUUUCAACGGCAGUGAUCAUGACUCGGGCACCCACGGCGUACAGGGUCUACCGGGAGAGACCAGUGGGAAGAGUGAAGAAGCCAAGGCUAUCGAGAUGCAAGAGGUCGCCCUCGAACAAUGGAUGUCGCUUCGCGACGUGGCCAUGCGCGAUUCUGGAGUGAUCCACGACGGCAGCCUUGAUCGCGGCUCGGAGAGUCUCGGUGUCGAGAGAGUCCCAGUUAAUCCCGCAUCCGACGUUGAUGAUGGCAGUUGCACAGCUGCACACGGGGAGGAACACGAUCUCGAGCAGGGAUCCACCACCGACGCCAAUACUGUGUCUCUGCAGUUGACCCAGAUGCAAAAUUCACACCGGAAUAUCUCGCUGUACGGUACCACACCCAGCGUCACCUCGCCCUUCGUACAGAACUACCAGCUGCAGAGCGAGCUGAAUUACAACGAGUACGUCAGGCAAUUCAACACCCGUCCGGGGGCGAUCCACGGUGCGGAGGAUGAUCGCCGUCUGCCGGACGAUCUUUACCACGCUCACCUGCGUGACGUUUACGUCCAUCCCGCUCACCCUCACGCCCGGUCCCCAAUUUCGGAUUCGAAAGUGAGCUGUCGUAUCGGAUGGUGGGUCUUCUGGAUCGUCGCAAUCGCCCUGGUUGUCGUGCCGCCCGCUAUUGUUCUGGCCAUUUUCACCCACGAUCAAUAA